AGCCAAUAAGGUGGGCUAAAAUUCAAGCAUAUUAUAAAUUUCUAUAAAUACUCUGAAUAAAAAUGGACCCCCAAUUUGCCUCUAGGUCCAAUUUAGGGUUUAUCAAAGCUCAAGCCCACUAACUUCUCCUUCCUCUCAAACCCCUUCUUCCCUCCUCUGCAACUUCUCCUUAAACCCUAAUAUAACUCGGAACAACCCUUCGAUUUCACUACUGCAGAUGAAUGGUAUGAUUGAAAAUGGAUCCUUGAAUGUCAAUGGUAAUGGCAUUAUGAAUGGUGAUGGCCUCGCUGCAACAAAUGAUAAUGAUGUAGUGACUCCUGAAGUGCAGCCAAAUAAACGCAGGAGAAAGAAGUCUAUAGUUUGGGAAUACUUCACUACUGAAAAUGUUAGCCCUGGUUGUACCAGGGCUUGUUGUAAACAGUGCAACAAGUCAUUUGCUUACAUUACUGGAAAAAAGCAAGCAGGCACCAGCCACCUCAAGCGACACAUAUCCUUAGGUAUCUGUCCUGCAAACCGUUCUAAACAGGAAAAGAAUCAACUUACUACCUACACACCUCGUUCCCAAAAUGGCACUAUCACUGCUCCUCCGAGAAAGCGCUGCAGAGCAUCCCCUGGUUCAGUAACCAUUGCAUUAGACCAAGAACGCUGCAUUAAUGAGAUAGCUAGAAUGAUCAUACUUCAUGAUUACCCAACCAACAUGGUAGAACAUCCUGGUUUCGUUGACUUUGCUAAGAUUCUUCAACCUCACUUUUCUAUGGUAAGUUUUGACUCUGUUUACAGUGAGAUUGUGGCUAUUUAUACGAGAGAGAAGAAGUCACUUGCUGAUACUCUUGCCGAAAUCCCUGGGCGUGUCAGCUUGACUAUGGAUCUUUGGACAUCAGACCAAACUUUGGGUUAUGCUAUUCUGACAGGGCACUUCAUUGAUGCUGAUUGGAGAUUAAACUCUCGGGUCCUUAAAUUUGUCCGUGUGCCAUUUCCAGAUUCACAGGUUGCUUUUAAUCAUGCUGUUGUUUCAUGUCUGUCUGAGUGGGGUUUGGGAAGCAAGUUGUUUGCACUUGCUGUUGAUCAGUCUUUUGCUAAUGAAGCUGUUGUCGGUAACCUUAGGGGCCUGCUUUCUAUAAAGAAUUCUCACAUGUUAAAUGGUCAAUAUUUACUUGCGAAUUGCUAUGCCCGUGUCAUGAGUCGUAUGGCACUAGCAGCUAUAGGGGCAACGAGAGAAGCUGUUGCCAAGGUUCGCGACAGUGUGAGGUAUGUAAAAGUUUCAGAAUCUCGUGAAGAUAUGUUCAAUAAGCUCAGACAACAACUUCAAAUUCCCUACACAGAGAGUUUAGUCAUUGAUAAUCAACGGAUGUGGAAUUCAACUUACCAUAUGCUCUCAAUAGCAUGUGAGUUGAAGGAAGUUUUUUCUUGUCUAGAUGCUUCUGAUCCUAAUUACGAGCUAGCUCCUUCAAUGGAUGAUUGGAAGUGUAUAGAAGUUCUUUGUGUCUAUAUGAAACUUUUCUUUGAUGCCGCUGACAUACUUACAACCAAAUCCUAUCCUACUGCCAGUGCAUUUUUCCAUGAAGUUUGUAAAAUUCAGAUGGAGCUGGCUCAUGGGGCAUUGAGUGAGGAUAACUAUGUCAGCAACUUUGUCAGACCUUUGUAUGAAAAGUUUGACAGAUAUUGGAGGGAUUGUUGUGUGGUCUUAGCUAUGGCUGUAGCUAUGGACCCUAGAUAUAAGUUGAAGCUUGUGGAGUUCAGCUUUGCCAAGGUUUUCGGGGAAGAAGGUGAAUUGUGGUUUAGGGCUGUCGAUGAUGGUUUACAUGAGUUGUACUUUGAAUAUGUUGCACAGACCUUACCCUUGCCAUCAAUUUUUGUAGACCAAAGGUAUGAAGGAUUCAUUAAAGCAGAGGCCCAUCAAGAUGAAGAUUCAUUGCCUCUGCCUGACGGGCUAUCAGAUUUUGAUGUGUAUAUAUCAGAGAUUUCAAGCAAUCAUCAGACAAAAUCAGAACUAGAUCAAUAUCUAGACGAGCCACUAUUGCCAAGAGGGUCUCAAGAGUUUGACGUUCUUGAAUGGUGGAAGUUGCACCGAAUUAAAUAUCCAACUCUCUCCAAGAUGGCUGCUGAUAUAUUGUCAAUACCCUUUGCUACAAUAUCUGGGGAUUCUGUUUUUGAUACUCUAAGCAAGAAGUUGGAUAGUCACAGAAGUUCUCUAAAGCCAGUUACAUUAGAGGCCCUUGUUUGUGCAAACAACUGGUUGCAGUUUGGAACACAGCAGAGUUUAUCCAUAUUAGAUGUAUCCACAAUGUGUAUAAAGAUGGAAACCAAAUAAGUCAUUCAAUGGCGUUCUAUAUUUAGGGCUGUUUGCAACUUCAGAGGUGUUUUAAGAGCUUUUGGUUGCAACUAGGUGUGGGGCUUCGCCGCUGAUCACUAAUUUUACCCCAAUUUUGAAGAUAGUAGGAGUAAUAUAAUACUUUUUAGAGCAAGUAAUUCUGUGUAUCUUGCAUAAUUCUUUCGUUUAAUUAGCAUUAGUACUUUUAUGGAUAAUUUGUUUAGUUUUAUGAUGUAAAGCUCAAUUUUUUAGAAAUCCAGAGAAUAAGAAUUUCAGGCAAUCUAGUGUCCCGUUGAACCA